GCCACUUUUACCCCGCCCUUAUUGAUCUCUCGCUUUUGGCUUGCUCCCCUCAUGCAGAGUGAACCAACUGGGGAUAUUGUUACUCCUUGGGAAGUUAAAGCAGGAUCUGAUACUGGAGUAGAUUACAAUAAGCUACUUGAUAAGUUCGGGUGCUCCGAAGUUGAUGACGCUCUUAUUAAUUUGCUGGAAAAUGCGAUAAAAGUACCUGCACACCAUUUGCUGCGCAGAAGAAUGUUCUUUUCUCACAGAGAAUUGGAUAAUAUAAUUGAACGCUAUAAACAUGAUAAACCCUUCUACCUGUAUACGGGAAGGGGACCUUCAUCCACAUCACUGCAUAUAGGCCAUCUGAUUCCCUUCAUAAUGACAAAAUGGAUACAGGAGGCCUUUGAUGUUCCUCUAGUCAUUCAGCUUACUGAUGAUGAAAAAUAUCUAUGGCAAAAUUUGACUCUUGAACAAUCCCUAGAAAUGGGACGUGAAAAUGCUAGAGACAUCGUUGCCGUUGGCUUUGAUCCUAAUAAAACAUUUAUAUUUAGCGACUUUCAAUAUAUGGGGCAGUGCCCCGAAUUUUACCAGAAUGUUGUUCGCGUCCAGAGGCUCGUUACUUUUAAUCAGAUACGCGGCAUUUUUGGUUUUAAUGAUUCUGAAAACAUAGGAAAACUAGCUUUUCCAGCU